UUUUUCUAAAUAAUUUUAAACUUACUUUUAUCGUGAUUCAAUCUCUUUUGACAUUUUUAAGGUCAUGACAAACCAAUAAGACGAAUUUUAGUUGUAGGUCGUCAUUAAAUUCUCAUAUUGCAUCUUUAAUUAAGAUAAAAUAGUACGAAAACCUUUACUGUGGGUUCAAUGUACGUAUAGAGCGGAGUUUUUUUGUUUAAAGUGCAACCAAACAACUUUCCGAGGACAAAAUAAGUAUUUUUUCAAAUCUCCAUUUUUUAUGUAACCCCUAAAUAUUUCUUCUCAUAUCUUCUAUUUUAAAAUUUCACACUUUUUAUCUCUUCAUGUCUCUUUAUCUCUAUGUAAGAAUAUCUAUCGUUAUCCAUAUAUCUAUAUAUUUAUCCAUCUAUCUAUCUAUCCCCGCCUAACUGUUGAGUAUCAGGUUGAGAAGAUGAAUCUGGGUAUACGGGGAGUAAAGAAUGGGUAUUUGGCGUGACAGGAGUCCUGUUCAUGGUCAGGCAGUUAGAACCAACCAGUCUAACCAGGCAUGAAAGAUGGUAAUGACUCAUACUUUACAGUGGUUCCCUCGUCCCAUGGUAUUGAUCCCGUCAGCUAACGGAGCUCUCCUAUUGGUUGGUUUCGGAGAAUUCCCCUCCUCUGUUUGGUCGGAGAAGAGGAUCCCUUGGGAGGCUUUCCCCGUCUUAGUGAAGAUCCAGGCAGUGAGAAGAUGACCGUGUUGAAAGAAGGGAAGAUACUAAGUAUGUUUACAAGAAGAAGAGUUGAGAGAAUCGGAUCAGAUUUAAACUGUUCCUAGCUCUAGAGUGUAGUCUCACUAUAAAACAUUAACUUCAAUCAACUCUUAGUUAGUGAUGAGUCAUACCAGGAGUAGAACGUUCAAACAACAAGUUUUCGAAACUGCGUUCGUUAGCAGUCGGUUCAGCUCUACGGAGGACCUAGAUGAGGUUGACAGGAUCGCAAACCAUCCUCUCCUUCAGCAAAAUCGUCUCAGGAAGUCCAGGUCCGCUAUGGGAGGGUCUGUGGACCGGGGGGUCUCAGCAUUCUUAGAGAGAACUAGUCCAGGUCCAGUUAACACUCGGAUGUCCAGGUCGACAACCCUACACCUAUCUACUGUAUCUGCUACAGCUAGUCCCUCCCAGGAUACAUGGAGCUUUCCGUUCCGUCCUAGAUCUGCUUUUACAAGAAUAAUGCGUCUUACAAAACCACGCAGCUGUGACAAUAUCCUAGAGCAAACGUCCCCGGCUCAACUUAAAAAGAACCAUUCCAGGUCUGUGAAUAAUAUUCUUCGUGAUAAACGUGGUGACUGUGACUCACCGAUUACUCAGACCAGGGAUAAGGUUUCACCAUAUCAGUUUUCAUCAUCACACAGUGUCAAUAUUAGCAAGAACUGUUCACAGGUCUCCGGAAAUAGUUUAGAAAGGUCCGAGAAACCUAUAAAUCAGUUUACAGAAACUAUUCGUAGUGAUAAUCUAGUUCCUAGUCCUUCCACAGUUUCAAGGAAGAGUUCAAUAUACUCCAGUCCUGCUUUAUUAACUCAAAGGAAAGUGCGGACUGCUCCAACAAUAAAUUCUCCUUUGUCCGUAAAAGUUAAAUCAAACUUUUCUCCAGAUUCUUUAUUACACAGCGGUAAAUCAACUCCUUUGGAACCUGGAGUAUCGUGGCAGGGUUCGCCGGAGCUAGGUUUGCCCCAGGGUUCAAGAACUCCGGAUAAAUCCUUGUGCCGGGUUCAGGUAGAUCUCCAUAGUCCUAGGUUUGGUUCUCCCAGGGGAGCAGUUCAACGCAAACCUAAUCUAUCCUGUCAGCCUGGUUUCCCUACUCCUCCAAGCACUGCUCCGACCCAGAAGAAAAUAAUGGGAUCCACCGCUCUAGCUGAACCGUCAAAUAAAUUUGAUUUCACGGCCAGGUUCGCUUCAGAGAGUAAUGUAUCUCAGCUAGCUGAACUCCGUCAGAGCAGCAGUGCUGAAAGUACUCCACAGAAAAAUCAGGUUAUCCGUUCCCGUCUCCGUCCUCGUCGUAGACUAGAACUACAGCUUAGGACGAGAAGAUAUCAGAGUUCCUCCUCAUCAUCUUGCCUCUCCAGCUGGGAAUCAUUGGACAGUAACACCAGCAGUCAGGGAUACGGUAGCGAGUCCAGCAGUGUACAUGAGGAGACAAAAUUAAGGAAGAUUGCAAACCUAAAUAUUCUCUCUCCGAUCUCAGAUAAAUCUGGGGAGCAGGUAUCCCCUUCCUCGGAUAAGGAGACAGACCCAAAUGCUAACCCGCCCUAUCAGGGUCGUCUUGACAACAAGGACCAUGAGAGCGAGGGCUAUAAACCAGGCAAGAAGAGAAACCUAAAUCUUAAUCUCAACCUAGAGAACUCUUCUUGUGAGAACGUAUCUUCUUUGAAGAGUCUUCGAACCCCAGAUAUCCAGCAGUAUCUGAAUGUACCCUGGGAUAUGCCGAAGUUAAAGAAGAAAUUACAAAACCGUCGGAAGUUUUGUUUUAGCGGUGAAACCAGUAGCCCGGAAAACUCACCCAAGAAGUCUAGUAUGCCAAAGAGUCCUGAUGUAGAUCUGAUAUUCCAGAAGGACUGGUUGAAGAAGAACAAUAAUGAGGAUAUUAUGUCAACCUCAGAUGAGAACUCCGAACUCUACUCUAGUGAUAAAAUUAAUCCCGGUGAAAAAGUUUCAAAGAAUAAGCGCUUUUUUAAUCGAAAUAGUAUUAGUUUAUCCGCCAAGGUUCAGGGUUCCGACUCCGGGAUCUCUAUGAGCUCACAAGAAAUGAAAGAGCUCCUGGAUGUCCCCUGGAGUAUGCCAAAGUUAAAGAGAAACGCCUGGAUCCGGACAAAUCCAACCCCGGGAUAUGAUUUGUCUCGACACGGACGGGUUAAUGAUUCUCCAAGUAGGACUGAUCAAAUUAACUUGGUUCACGCUGACUCUUUUAGUUUACAAACCAAAGAUAAACCUAGUCCAACAGAUGUUAACAAGGAAAAUAUUGAAAGUGAGCCUAAUCCCGAUAUUAAGGAUGAAAAAAAGUUUCAAGAUUUGUCAGAUCUUCCAUUCUCAAUUCCAAAAUUAGAAAGAAAACUGAGAGAACAGAAUGCGUCCAGCUCCAGUCUGGAGAUUUCUAAACCUAGUAUUAGUAUCCGUCCUCUCUCCCUGUUCGUCCCUGUACCUGAUUCAAACCCUGAUCAUGAUCCAUCGAUAUUUAUAAAUUCUGGAAUAAAUUUGAGAAAUCAGGAUGUUGGGACAAAUCCUGGCUCUCCACACUUCUCAUCCGAACCUUUAUCUAAACCUUCACUGAAACCUCUCUCAUUAAACCUAUCCGGACCCAGUAGAGAUAAAACUCAGUUUUCUCUUUCUCUGGGACUGGGAUGCAAUGAUGGUGCUGGAGGAGGAGGAGGAGAAGGACGAGGUGGGAUCUCCAGGAGACGUCCAGGUCUCUCCUUUAUCCCCCAUUUGAACCUGGCAAAUAGUGUUCUAGUUGAUGUUGAUCUACCCCUAGAGAGACAAGAGUGGUAUCAUGGUAUCCUGAGCAAGACAGAAGUUGAAAAUAUUCUACGGACGAGGGCGGAGGGUAGCUACCUAGUCAAAGCAAAGGCCGGAGAUGGCGAAUAUUCCUUGGCGAUUAAAUCCGCCAAGGGUUUUAUACACAUGAGAUUAAGUCGAGGAUGCGGAGGAGGGUUCAGAUUGGGAGAGGAGGAGAGAGAAUUUAAUAGUGUUGUUGAGAUGGUUAAACACUACUCAUUAAACAGGUUGCCAAUAAAAGGGGCGGAACAUCUCUGUCUUAUUACUCCGGCCACGGAAGAGUUACUCUAAGAAUAGAAUUCAUCUAUACAUCAACCUACCCUGAGCAAGAUUUAGUUAUAAACCUACCCUGAUAAAAGAUAACUAGUUUUGAACCUACACUGAAUCGGAUACACAUACAAGCUCACUAGUACUGUACUUACUCUUGUACAAGACCCCCUAGUUCUAAACCUACCCUGGUACAAGACCCCUAGUUCUAAACCUACCUUGAUACAAGACCCCUAGUUCUAAACCUACCCAGAUACAAUACCCCUAGUUCUAAACCUACUCUGAUACAAGUCCCCUAGUUCUAAACCUACCCUGAUACAAGACCCCUAGUUCUAAACCUACUCUGAUACAAGACCCCUAGUUCUAAACCUACCCUGAUACAAGACCCCUAGUUCUGAACCUAUACUCUGAUACAAGACCCCUAGUUCUAAACCUACUCUGAUACAAGACCCCUAGUUCUAAAUCUAUACUCUGGUAUACAAGAUCCUUGGUUUAAACAUACUCUAAUACAAGACCCCUAACUCUAAACCUGUACUCUGGUACAAGACCCCUAGUUCUAAACCUACCCUGAUACAAGACCCCUAGUUCUAAACCUGCCCUGAUACAAUACCCCUAGUUUUAAACUUACUCUGAUACAGGACCCCUAGUUCUAAACCUAUACUCUGAUACAAGACCCCUAGUUCUAAACCUACUCUGAUACAGGACCCCAAGUUCUAAACCUAUACUCUGGUACAAGACCCCUAGUUCUAAACCUAUACUCUGGUACAAGAUCCCUAUUUCUAAACCUACUCUUAUACAGGACCCCUAGUUCUAAACCUAUACUCUGGUACAAGAUCCCUUUUUCUAAACCUACUCUGAUACAAGACCCCUAUUCUAAACCUAUACUCUGGUACCCCUAGUUCUAAACCUAUACUCUGGUACAAGAUCCCUUUUUCUAAACCUACUCUGAUACAAGAUCCCUAUUCUAAACCUAUGCUCUGAUACAAGCUUACCAACAAUUCCAAACCUAUGCUAUUCAGAUGUAGAUAUGUAGGUUUGAAUCUAGAUCAAGAUUUUAAAAAACUGAUAUUGUCUCCAUUAGAUCUAACAUUAAUUAUAAAAACAAAUGUGGUAUUAUCCUUUAAAAAUUUUUUUUUCAGAGCAUUGGUAUCGUGCAAUACAGUGAGACCAAUAAAACCCCAUUUCACUCGAUAAGUUGAUUUUCAAGCUGUUGGUAAAAGUAUUUGCUUUAAAACAACGUGGGAUAAACGCAAAAACGAUUAAAUGUCGUUUUCCUAUUCAACAGUUUUAUGGUCUUCACUGUAUGUCUCAUACUUUAUGACAGAUUUUGAAUACAAAAUAAAAGUAAAAGACAACGAAGACGACUUUUGCCAAAGUUAAAGUUCUAUGAAAGAGCAGCUUAAGAUAUUAUAAGGAUGUGAAACUUCUGAAACAAUUAACGACGACCUUUGCUCUACUCUGGUCAAAAAAAACAAAUAUUUAUUUAUUUAUUCAUCUAUUUAUUUUUUGCAUCAGCUGAUAAAUCAUAAACUUAAUAAUACUCAUAAUAUAUGUCCAUUGUCCAGUGUUCAUGUAGAACGGAAAACAUAGAUUUUUAAAAUUAAAUAAAGUAUAGAAAUUA